AUGGAAAUUCACAUUUUUGAUUUUGAUGGGACGUUAUUCUUCUCCCCAACACCGGAAAGACGCUUUGUUUGCGCACAAUACGGGGCGAGGGUUUUGGGGAAGCUUUUCAAUCCCUUGUCCUCGAGUGGGUAUGGAUGGUUCCAGAGCUUGUCCACUUUAUCUCCUCCCGCCGUACCAGCCGAACCUGCUGAAUCGCAAUGGUAUAUCACUCCAGUCGUAAACUGGUUUCGCGCUCUGAUUGCGGGGAAAACUUCGUCCUGUAAUGAGAACCGAGAUCGACAACACCAAUAUGUAAAUUCUGAGAAUUGCGCUCACGAGCACGUUAAUGGCGAUUGCGCUGUGCAGCGUCUGUUUUUCGUCUUGACAGGUCGGCAGGAAGGGUUUCGGAGGCGUAUCGAACAUUUGUUGGACCACGUAGGCUUAUUUCAACAUAUCGAGCAUGUCUUCCUCAAACCACACGAGGGGAUAGGGACUGCCGAAUAUAAGUUAAACAUUUUUUUUGAUCUCAUUUUAAAGUGGAAACCACAACGUGUAUUCUACUAUGAGGAUCGCUACGAUCAAGCUGCAAAGUUGUUGGAAGGGAUGGAGCAACUGCAAAGUGCCCUUAAUUCUUGCCGUGAAAGUGAUACACAUUUGUGUUCUAUUCAUUCUCUCAUCGAUGCAAGCGUAGUAAAGCCUGGGUCUUGUAAGGAUUCGUCUGUUUUAGAUAAGCAAUCGAAUGCAUCCUUUCUCCCCUCACCUCACCAAACUAGUGAGGAUAGCGUGUUAACACACUCUAUUAGUUCUGUGAAUCUUCCUAAGACGAUGACCAGGGAGGUUCUCCACGGGGGAGACACCAACUUUAAGGAGCGUGUGUCUCGCUACAUUCGAAAUUGGUUAGUGAAUGCGAUCCAUGAACGCAACAGCGCCUUCAGACAAGUGAGAUUGAGCCAAUUAUCAGCACCCCCUUCGGGGGCCAAUAAUAUUUCUAAGGAUGUGAACAUUAUUCAUGAUACAAAGAAGUUGUACUCAGCACAAAAGGGGUUUAAACCUUUCCAUGCUUCUGAUAAAAAUCCAAACAAUGUGAAUGGUUUUUCUUCGACUAAUAUUGAGUUUGACCCACCGCUGCCUUUUAGUUUUACUAUGGUGAUAAUUCCGAGGGAAAUAUCCUUCCACUCAGAUAAAAUGUUGUCACUGGAGCAGCAGUCUGCGUUGAUUGCCACACUAAUGAAAGAAAGGGAGACUUAUGAUGCAUUGAAAUUUCAUUCCAAUGGCUACUGA